UACCAAGCCCGACUAUAUAUCUGAUUCUGGUUAAAUGAUUCUGUUAGAAUUGGCUCCUAUCUGCGCGAGGCUGACAUUUUAAGCACUAGUAGCUAUUGACUUACUGUAUCUACCUAGCUAAUUGGUAGGAACCUUGGAUCCAUAUGCGUACGUGCAUAGGACUAUGCGAGUGCGGAUAUAAGAAUACAACUGAUCAUCGCUAACUUCUCCCAACGUUGUUAACCCUCUAUUCUACAUAAACGCCAUUUUUCUGCCUUUGUAUGCUAUAGUCCGCUAUUCGAAUACCACCUAGCCCUCUUGCUCAAAAUGAUUUACGAAUCUGCAUCCGCGUUGGCCCCAAUCGAAUCCCCAUCGCUGCACGAAUGGGUAUUCGGGUCGGUAUCUGACCCAAUCCCCCACAAGGUCGCAUUCCUUGAUGCCACACGCCCUGAUACCCAUUACCUGACGCUGGCAUCGUGGAGGCAAUGGUCAAAACGUGUAGCUGCUGGUCUGCAAAAGGCUGGCCUGCAACCAGGUGACCGCGUGCUGGUUUACUCCGGCAAUGCGCUCUUCUACCCCGUUAUAUUCAUGGGCAUCAUGAUGGCCGGCGGUAUAUUUACAGGAGCGAACCCUACAUAUGUGGCCCGCGAGCUGGCGCAUCAAUUGAAGGAUUCACAGGCUCGGUUCAUGGUGUCUUCUGGGGCGAGUUUGGAGGUGGCACUCGACGCCGCCGGAACUGCGGGGUUCAGCAUAGAUAACAUUUUUAUAUUUGACGACGAAAUCUACCAGGGAGGAGGCGCAUCUCGUCUUGGCGUGAAAUAUUGGGAUGCGAUCGUAGCGAGCAACUUGGAGGGUGCCCAGUUCCAGUGGGCGCAUCCGAAGGAACCCAAGAAUACGACCUGUGUCAUCAACUACUCUUCCGGCACGACUGGGGUUGCAAAGGGCGUCGAGAUCACACAUUAUAACUACAUGGCCACUAGCACCCAGAUGAUCAGCCUCAUGAAGGAAGAUCCUGACUACGAGAAGAAUUUAAAGGUUGCGAGAGGCCUCUGCAUGCUACCUCUUUACCACGCAUUUGGACAGGUGCUGUACAGCUCUAUUGGGCCCAAGCGCGGAAUUCCAAUCUACAUCAUGCCCAAAUUCGACUUCCUCGAGUUCCUGGGACACAUCUCAACCCACCGCGUCACCGAGCUCCUGAUCGUGCCGCCCGUCGUCACUGCUCUUGCCAAACACCCCGCGGCUAAGAAAGCAGACCUCAGCAGCGUCAAUUACGUCUCCUGCGGCGGUGCGCCACUAAGCUCCUCUCUCGCCCGUGAGGCCGAGACCCUAUGGGGUGGCAAUCUGAACAUCAAGCAAGGUUAUGGCAUGACAGAAACCACGGUUAUAGCCACGGGAAUGAACCCUGCCUUGCUCUCUACCGACGCUUCCGUUGGCUCCCUCGUCUCCGGCCUCUCUGCCCGCCUCGUCGACCCUAAGACUGGCAUCGACGUCCCCGUUCAUCCCGAUUCGACAGGUGAGAUCUGGGUCCGCGGUCCCAACAUCAUGAAAGGCUACUGGCGCAACCCAACCGCCACGGCGGGCACGAUGAGUGACGGGUGGCUAAAGACCGGUGAUAUGGCGAGGGUUGAGAAUGGCCGCUGGUUUAUCGUUGAUCGGUUGAAGGAGCUGAUUAAGGUCAAGGGGUUCCAGGUUGCGCCGGCGGAGCUGGAGGGACUGAUACUGGAGAACCCUAAGGUGGGCGAUGUGGGUGUGGUGGGUGUUAUUGUCCAGGGUGAAGAGUGCCCGAGGGCAUAUGUUGCGCUCAAGCCGGGGAUGACAGCGACGAAGAGGGAGAUCGCCGAGUUCGUCGAGAAGCAGACCACCAGGUAUAAGUGGCUCACUGGAGGUGUCGUGUUUGUGGAUGAAAUACCUAAGAAUCCGUCCGGGAAGAUCCUUAGAAAGGCUCUGCGGGACCUUGCGGCGAAAGAUUCGAAGCUAUAGUAUCAUUGUGAGCACUGGUGCAGCAUCAUCAUUUUUGGAAGGAC